GAAAACAACAUCGUCAACAGUAAUCAGCAACAAAGUGCACAAGGACCCUCCAGUCCAGGAGACUGGUGCCCUGCAGCCUGACAACAAUCACCAGAAAAACCAAAUAUGGAAUACACAUACUAUAACCCCGGCGAGCGCCGGACGUACCAAGAAAUGCGACAGAAACCCGUCCUGCGGGAUACCUUCUUCAGCCUCAAGAACGAUUCACAACUGGACCGACCAACAUCAGUAGCUACCGAAUUUGUCGACACUGAUUGGGAUGAGGAGGAGGAGGUGGAGAUCGUGAGCGACGUUGAGGAAGACGACAACUCUCCUCGCCUGAGUGUGCAAUCGUCGGGACAACCCAGUUUUACCACCGUCUCUUCCUACGAUGAGGUACCCACGCCGAGGUCGAGCAGGAGUCAGGAGGAUGCAUACAUCCACUACUCCCCCAAGCAGGUCGAGGGUCCCCGAGGGCCGCAUCUGUUCCGCAGCUCGACCGACAACAAUUCCUUCGACGAGGACAUUGUCUUGACCCUCUCGCCCAUCACCCCCAAGGUACCGACCCGAGGCAUUGCUGACCUUCUUGCCCAACCGCAAGUGCCCCGUCGCAACAGCCCCUUUCAGUAUACCCAUGAGGAGCUCGACACAUCGACCCUCCCAGAAUGGUCUCCGGAGAUGGUCGCCCAGUCCAUGCUCAAUGCUGGCAUUGAGCUCUCAAUGGCAGACCGGUUUAUGGAGAAUGACAUCAACGGUGCCAUCUUAAUUACUUUGAAGUUUGAGGACCUGCGGGAACUCGACAUUCAGUCCUUCGGCAUCCGAACCAAGGUCUGGCACCAGAUCCAGGCGUUGAGGGACAGCCGACCAGUGUCCCCCCGGCCAGAGACGCCCAUUGAGGAUGCGCCAAGCCGGGAAGCCAAGAGGGAAUCCCGCAAGAAGAAGGACAGCCACGGUCCCCAGCACCGCCAGAGCAGCAGGCGAAGGCAAAGGAAGAACAGGAACCACUCCCACGAUGACAUCACCCCAAUGGAGUCGGUGUCCAUCAUCGGCAUCGAGCAGGUCAUCCCGAAGCCGCACUACUGCUCCAAGGGCGAGAACUGCACCAAGUGGAAGAAGCAGCAGGCCCUCAUCCGAGCCUUCAGGAAAGAACACCCCAAUGUCGACAUGAACACCGUAGGCACCGUCAUGAUUGGCGAUGCCGGCAACCCGGACACGGCCCGAGCCAUUGACCCCAUCGAGACGCUGCGUCCCGUCUCGGAUGCCGUGCCUUCGGUCGUCGCCUCUUCCGACGUCCUUGGACCCGGCGCCCUGCCUGCGUUCCAAUACCUCCAAGAGGCAACUCUACGCAGCUUCCAGGAGCGGGAUCCUCAGGACAACGUCCGACAGUUCCUGAGCUUCCAGCACCAAGAGCACGUGGACGACUGCAACGAUGUCCCUCCCACACCUCCCUGGCAGGCCAACCCGGGGGUCCAGGCUCCUCACCACGGCCUGCGCCGUCUCCCCCGGCUGUCCAUCCCGAACAAGCCUCCGCCUCCACGGGUGAUGCCGCCGCGCGCUGCGACCGUCCCUCCUCCACAGCAGCACGCACAGCAGCAGCCACCGGUGCAACAGAACAACUUCGCCCCCUACCGCAUGGACAAGGCCGACCCUAUGUCCCCCGACCUGGAGACCCCGACGAACCCCUACCGCUUCGGUACUCCCUUCUCGGAGCUCGAUGUCCCUGUCACCGCUGUCCCCAUUGGCCCUGUGGCUCGCGAUGUUUCCCAGUCUGUGCCCCCUGACAUGAGCUUUCGCACAUCCCCCAUCCACGCCAACCCGGCCCCUCCCCGUUGCCAGUCUCGCGCUUCUGGUCGCCGCCCUUCGUUCCCCGUUCUUCCUGCCUUGUCGGAGAACAAGCCCACUCUCGCCCACCGCCCUGCUCUCAAGGCCCCAUCUCCCAAGUCUCCCCGAGCCUCUGUCCGUUACCAGCAGCCCCUUCAGGCCCCUCCCCGUGCCAACUACCCUUGGUCUCCCAUCGAGCGUACCAACUUUGAGAAGGCCAUUCCUCCCAUGCCUUCCCAGCAGGCUCCCGCCGCCACGGCUGACCUUGCCAAUGGCGUCACCCACCAGGGCCCCAUGAAGAAGCGCAAGACGCGUAUGCUCCGUCAUGAGUGGAAUGACGGAUACUUCACCCUCAAGGGCACCCGCUUGAACAUGCACAGGGAUGUCACUGAGGUGGACCGCACGCUUGAGUAUGUCGACAUUGACGACUACGCCAUCGCCUGCUCUAGCCUCGCCUCCACCUCCAAGCUAAGCGCCGCCUUCAAGGCCGUUCACUUCAGUCACAGCCGUGAGAAGAGCGACCCCGGUGCAUUCAGCUUCCAGCUCAUCCCCCAGGACAAGAACACUGCUCGUCUCCGCAAGCGCGAGAGCGCCCUCAAUGCCACUGGUGGCAUCCCCGCUGAGGGUGUCAACGGCACCGGCAAGACUCACCACUUCGCCGUCAAGAGCCGUGACGACCGCAUCGACUGGAUGCGAGAGCUCAUGCUGGCCAAGGCUCUCAGGCAGAAGGGCGAGGGUUUCGAGAUCAGUGUCAAUGGCAACAUGAUCUAGACACCUCUACACUCCACACUCUGCCUCCACCUUUUCAACUGCGCAAUUCCCUCGCACUCCUCUAGUUCGAGUAUCACCUCUAUGUACUCCCAUUCUCUGUUGAACGGCCCUAUCAUGGGGUCCGUCAGCAUUCUCACAUGUAACGGCCUCUUUUUUUUUUUUUAUGUUUGCGCAUGUUUCUUCUUUCAUGGGUUUUGGUGUUUGCACUUUUCAGAACUUGAACGACAGACAUGCAGAUACUCAAACU